ACACAGCUGAAGGAAACAGGAAGACUGCACGUCACAGUCUGACUGACGUACCCGGCCCCAGCACCCAAUCGCGAGGCGCCUUCGGAUUCAAGGGGGGAUAGCGAGGCAAGAGAACUUGGGAGGAAAAAAAAAAUAUAAAAGGGGUGGGGGGUGAGGGGCUGGGAGGAGAGGAGGGGAGAGGGGCCCCGCGCUCCCCCUCCCCCCGCCUCCAUCCCCGGCCCCCACCCCCGCCCCCGCCCUGCCACCGCUUCGGGGCGACUGGAUCGCCGCGCCGGGGCCGGAGCGAGCCAUCUGCGGGCACUGUGCAAAGCGGGCGACGGCGCGAGCGGCGCUCGGCUCACACUCGCUCGUCCUGGACGCAGGUCCUUUCCCCCCCCCCCCCACCCCCUCUCUUCCUUUCCCAGAUACAGCUGAUCGAGUUCACCGAGUGGCCGAGUUUGGAGCAGACUUGGGUGGAGAAAGGCACGGAAAAGUAUACUGGAGAAAAAGUGGGGUUUUAGGGGUGGAGUGGUAUAGGAGGAGGGAGUGGGGAAGCUCGCAGGUCGUUCCACAUUUUAAAUGAUCACAGACAGUAUCAAGAAUACAUGUCACCCUUGCUUGCUUUUAGAGGCAAAGUGGACAAUAAAAUACAGGUAGGUUUGGGAUUUAAAUAAUACGUGCCAGAGGCUUCACUUGGGCUCCGCUGCAUCUGGUAGCAGACCAGUAUUGGCUGAAUUCCAGUUAAUCUCCCGUCAAAAUUACUAGGAAGAAGAGUAUCUGCCCUUGGUUCUUCGGAUUGUAGGUACAGCAGCCUUUUUUUUGGGGGGGGGGAAAUGUUGCAAACAUUACCUCGCAAUUAUCCCUCACUAACUCACUCACCCCACGAUGACCAAAGAGAGAGGUUUCAUACUGGAGUACACAAUUUUGGCUCCUGGGUAGCCAACUUUAAAGUUUAUUAAGUAAGAAAUUUCAAACGUUUACAUUUCGGGCUUCAACGUAAAGCUAUAGAAAAUGCACUUUGGUUAGACAUCUCUUGGAGGAAAAAUAACCAGGGAGAUUUCUUUAAAUAACGUGGCUCUUAAAGAGCUCCUUGGAGGUUUGCAAGUUACAAAUGCGAAAGGGCAUUUCCAGCCGCAGCCAGAACGUGUCUUUCACCGGGCACAGUAAACGGCUUUUAAUAAAGCAACCGCGUUUAUGACCUAAAGAUCCUAUAAAAGCCAGGACUUACAAGGGCUGAGAAGCAGAAAUACUCGUACCUAGUCGAUUAGACACUCAGUUUUUAGGUAGGAUGGGAACAAGUAUUUUUUGUACGUUCCUCGAGUUCAAGCAGAUCAAAGGUUUGGGACAACUGUCAAGCAGACGUUGGUUGGGACAACAGUGUUUAUGGGGUGUGUUACCAGUACACUGACAGACAACCACCACCAUCUUCUGCCAUGCACAUAUACCCCUUUCCUAGGACGUUUACAAUUUCAGUCUCAAAUUCAUCACUGUGAAGAAGUCUUCUCUUUGAAUAAGAAUAGAGAUGGUAACACGCCUGAGACUAUACUCUGUAGGAAACUUUUGGCACAGGAUUCAAACAUUGAGAAGAAGAAGAAGAAGAAGAAGAAGAAGAAGAAGAAGAAGAAGAAGAAGAAGAAUGGGAAGAAGAAGAAGAAGAAGAAAUCAAGCCGGCCAGGCCAGAUCCAGGAGAGAGGCAAACGUGGGCGUGGAUUUCGGAAGAAAGAUGCUGAAGAUCCCUGCCUGGACGGACACGCACACAAAAGCAUCCACUAUCCAGCACCACCAGCACCACCCUGAAGAAGGGAAGAGAAAGAAAGAAAAACCAAUUCCAGGGUGCAGGCCGGCCUGCUUCCGGCAGUCUAAAAGCAGACUGACCGCCAUUCUCUCCUUCCCCACCCCCCUAGCCCCGGUGCCCAGUGCGACGCCAAGCUCAACCUGGAUCUGUUCUGAAUGGGGGGGAAAGUGAAAUGCCACAAGAUCAGUAGCAAGUAGCAGCUGCAGCGUUUCUCUCCUGGGAACCCCACUGCUUAGAAGCCUCCCGAGUGAUGUUUGUUUAACCAACGGCUUUCAAAGUAAACAGAGGCCAAGCGCUCCAAAGAAGUUGAAAUAUAACCCUUACAAGAAUUUGGGGCCGGAGUGCUGGCGGAAAAAGUAAAAAAAAAAAAAAAAUUUUUUUUUGUUUUAAAUAAUAAAGCUUCCAUCCCAAAUAAGAGCCCACCACAGUGCCUAAAGGAAACUAGAAGGGUCAUAAAAAUAUAAAUUUAUCGAAAGGA